AUGCCCCUUUCCGAUGACACUCCCGCGUCUUCCCCUGGGCCUGCCACAUCGCUCGAAGACUCCUUGAAAUACUACAAAGCACAGUACGAAUCAUUGGAAUCUGAGCUGGCAGAAUUCCAGGCGUCGAGUAAAGACCUCGAAGCCGAGCUCGAGAAAGACAUCGACGCUUCUGAGAAACGUGAGCGGCAGCUGAAGGAGAAGGCGGCCAAUCUCCAAUAUGAAGUCGACGAGUGGAAAACCAAAUACCGACAAUCCAAGACCGAAUCCUCCAAUGCCCAGAACGCGCUUCAGAGAGAAAUCACCGAACUGCGCGACACCAACCGGACCCUCACCAUGCGCCUGCGAGACAUCGAGGUUGCUAACGAUGACUAUGAAAAGAAGCAACGCAACACUGAAUCCUCACUGGAAGAUAUGGAAUCCAAGUAUAAUCAAACCAUCGAACGGAGUGUUCUGCUGGAGGAAGAGAUGAGAUCCAACGAGCAAGAACGAGAAGCUCUCAGGAUAGAGGCCCAACGCCUGAGAGACGAACUCUCCGAUCUCAGAGUCGAGGCGGAAAUCACCAAGAACAAAUUGGACCAGGAAAUCCAAAAGUCGUCUCACAUCCGAAAGAACCUCACCUUGCAACCCAUAGCCAUCUCAGCAUCUCCUCGAUCAGAACUGUCCCCGACCACCACCAACGCCUCUUCACCCACAUUCGACACUCCUCCAGCAAAGACAGCAUCCUCCUCGGGCAUUUCUGAUGCCCCAACCCCCCCCUCGCCUCCCAUCUCUGACCAAUCUACAACCACGAAGUCGUCUAUGCCAGCGGCCCUCCCCAAGACCAGGCGCUCUCUAAACGCUCCUUCAAUUCCCCGCCCUUCCAAUGUCACUCCAAAGCCUACCAGCCACGCUCGCGGUACCUCCAUUGCCACGGUGUCCCACUCCAGACCAUCCUCAACCUUCCGUCAGAGCCUAUCGAAACAAACAGCUGGCAUUCCUCGGCCUGCCGGUCUACCACAAUCCACCUCAAUCAUUCAUCUUAGGAAUUUGCGAGGAAAGAUGCAACAACUUGAGGCCCGUGUCCAGACAGCCAGGUCUAAACUCCCUGCUCCCGUGAGUACUCCCCCUCGAAGCUCGCCGAGAAGUGGGUCCGCACUGGGCAACCAUAUCCCCUCUUCUGUCACUGUACGAAACCGCAAGCGGACGAAUGGUAGUACGAUCAGUGGUAUCGAUUCCCUCCCCGAGAAGGCAUCAGUAACACCGUCAAUGCCAAGAACAAAUACCAGUCGAACGUCUUUGCUUCACCAACCCCCAUCUCCGACACGUGGUGAGAUGGCAGCACCACCGCUCCGUCCUUCCAGCAGGACCAGUGGCCUGAUUUCGAGUCGGUCAUCGUAUGCCCCGACGCACAGUCGUCCAGGUAGCCGUGCCAGUGUCUCUGGCUUCCGCGCUCCACUGGGUAACGGAGCCGCUGCAAGCUAUGCACCGAAUGCUUCAACCGAUCGGAUCCGACCCAAGAGCAGUCUUUCCAGUUACGGCUAUGAUGGAACUCUCGACUCAGAGACCAGCGAGCUCUCUGCCCUGUCAGAUUUCAAAGACUCCGUCACUCCCACACCGCGACGAACGACUUUUGCGAAAAGGUCUAGCGAUGUGGGCACAAGUAUUCCCAGCCCGACGAAAAGACAAAGUCUAAAUGCUGCAGGAGGAUUGAGCAAAAUGCCCGCCCUGGCUAGAAGGCAAAGCUCUGGGCAACACCGAGUGGAAAGUAUGGGGGACAUGCGUCCACCGUCACGACAACUGAACAAUGUGCAAGAAGGUUAUGACUUGAAUGAAACGUUUUGA